GUCAUGGAGCGCAUGGCCUCGGCGGCGCGGCAGGCGGCGCAGCAGGAGGACUUUGCCAGCCGCAGCAGCUACAUGGCCUCCGUGGACGGCAUCUCGCUGCAGGAGGCCUUCGUCGGAAUCGCGGAGUCCCUCUCCGCGCCAGCUGGUGGCCUGAUCUCAGGCUGA